ACACGUUGCAAAUAAUCAUCGACUCGUCUCUCGAAAAAAAAAUAUCAAACAAUUUUUCAAACUUAUCACUCUGAGCGGCAAUAAAUUUUCCAUUCUGUCCCUAUCUGCCGAAUAACUAUCGGGCACAUUCGUUUCGCCUAGCAUAUUGGCACGUGUAAUAAUUCGUAAGCGUUCAAAUUUUCGUUUGUUCGCAGCAUCGGUGGUAAUACUCGCACUGCGUUUCACACGAGUGUGUCGCGCGUCAGAAAAAUGUCACGGAAAGAAUAAUCGCAUCGAUUUAUACACGAAUAUCCCCGAACGAUAUAUACGCGCCUGUAAUUAUCGUUCAGCCCCCUCCUCCCCCCCAGUGUUAUCUGUCCCAGGCCGACACGUCGAACGAUAAUAAGUGCGUGCGCCAAAAAAUCGGAGAUAAUGUGUGUAUCUGACACAUCGUGCUACGAUAUACCCUGACUUAACAGGCGAUUAUCGUUAUUAACCCGGCUUUAUUGGCACUCGUGCUCCCCGAGGAUCGUUUUUACUUCCCCUCCCCUGCCCUUCGCGCCCUCUAUACUUUGGACUUUUUGCUCCAAAGUCCAGAUUAUUGACAAUCGAAUAAUAAUUUUAGUAACAGAUAUUCUCGGUAUUACAAAUCCAAAAAGAAGGAGUAUUCAAUCAUUCUUGAAAUAAUUUUUUUUUUCAGAUUGAAAAUAAUGCAAAAUAUUCGAUAUCGUCAUUUCCUGAUCAUUUAAUUUUGAUUUGCAGACGUAUUUUCACUUCACGAGUAGUGAUGCAUAGAGAAAAAUAUCUUCUCGUUCAUCUGAAAAAUUAAAGAAACGAAUAAAGGAUGAAAAAUAUCGGGCUUUUUCCGUGCAAAUUCGGUGGCGAAUAAUUAUGAUAAGCAUGAUUAAUUGCCCGUGCACCGAGUUCAAGUUGAAGGAAGAAAUAAUUACUUCCGAUUCCCGGGGCAAUAAUUCAGCGGCCCGCCGCAAACGACGCGUAAACUAUAAGUUUCUCCGUGGAACAGCCGAGAAACAAAAGAGAUCCGUUUAUCCGAAAUCGUUUCGAUUCGGGAUAAAUAUUAAUGAAUUUUGAAAUACAUCAUCUCGAGCGAAUUCUUCGAAUCUUAUCUACGGUCAAAAAGGUUCCCGUCUCGUCUAAUUGUGAAAUAAUAUGGAAAUAAUAUGGAAUUAGAGAUAUGAGAGCAAAAAAGAGCAAAGAGUUGAAACGAAGAGGAAAUGAAAGCGUGCGUUUCAUCUUCGUGGUCAUUCCAUGGCUCUAGAUUGUGGUUUACUACAAGCUACUUGGAUAUCUAGAUUCAGAGAUCGGGUUUAAAUGGAGAUUUAAGUAUACUCGUAGCAAGAGAUCCUGUAUUUAAGCUUUCGUACUAUUGCGAGGGUAACAGCGUCUCAUUUUUAUCAAUGUUGCACUGAAACAAUUCGAUUUUUUAAAAAUAUCUGUAUUAAUUUUUCUUUGUUUCUUUGUUUCAGAAAUAUAACUGCUUGCAAAUUUUCAUAGUGUUUCGUAGCAACAACUUCUGCAUAUGAUAAUACGUGCACCUAGUUUUGUUUAUGUUGUACGAUGAAACUAUUCGAAUUAAAACUUGAUGCGUGCAUAUCCUGUAACACCAGUAUCGUCGACGCGCGAAAUUUGAUGCGGAGCAUUUCCAGGGCCAUUGUUAAGCGGAUAAUUAACGCGGCCGCGACUCUGACGAAAAUCCAACCGGUUUAUCCGCCGAUAAAAUCUCAAUUAGAGUCGCGACGAAGUGUAUGGAGGGCAAGGUGUCCGCGAAUUGACGCGAAAGCGGACAAAUGACCGGUGAAAACAAGAGGCGAGGGUCGGAAAAGGGCAAUUACACCAUGAGCGCAUCGGUUAAUGGCGCGGUCGUGGCAAUUUUCCGAUGCGCAGCGAAACUCUGCUGGUUCAAAUUUGAGCCUUCGCGCGAAGAUACUGCAAUCUCCAAGUUUAUCUCGUUCAGUGUUCCAACCAGGUUCGCUCCAAGGUACAAGAUUUUCUUCGAUUCACCGAGGAUGUGAUGGUAUUUUCGAUUGAUCGAAUUGUCGUCCAAUGUUUAAAUAAUGUUUCUAUCUUCGGUAUUUUUUCUAUCUGGAAAAUUGAUGUUAGGAAAGAGUAAUGGAGGAAAUUAUUUUUUUCAAUUCCGAUAGUAAAAGUUGAUACAAGGACGACUCUUUGCUGCAUGAUUAUUCUCUUUUAAAAGGACAAAGGAAGAUGGAAGAAUCAUGCAAGAGACUCUUGAAAUAAGAACAAAAUCUUUUCAAAAAACUCACCGAUCUUUCGUCGUUGCCUGAGGAAUCCUGGCGUGGCAUUCAUCAGAUAAAAGUCAGAUAAAAUAUGACUGGUCAUGAAAAAAACGAAUGUGCAAUUACUAUUUCCAAGAUUUCUAAAUAAUCUUGCAUAGAAGAAACAAUUGAAGCACUAGAAUUUGAAUCAUCAUCACGUUUCAUUUAUAACGAUUCGCGUCAGAAAAAAUCGAUGCUUGUACAAAGUUCAGUGCUAUUUAUUGCCUUUUAGAUGAAUGCUAAGAUUCAAUGGAUGAAAUUUCUCUCGUUUUAACCGGCUGGAAAAAAAAUAAUCGAUCGGUAAACGGUAAAUUGCGAUCACGUUUACUCGUUGACCAUGUGCGGCUCAGUGUACACGGACGCUAGCAGCUCAUAGGACACGCCAGCGACUAUAAUUGAGAUUUUAUCGGGCCGUUAAACGCUGCGAAGUUGCUGUGCAACACGUGCCAAAGUUUGCACACUGGCCAUAGGCCGAGCAAGAGUUGUCGCGCUUCGAUGCUUCUUUAAACGAUCCGAAAAUUCUCCUCCCUCGCCUGUUUUCUAAUCCGUCUUUCUAAGAAAUUAUCUUUGUUACAGAUUAGUUCCACGGCGAGAUGAAUGCCACGCCAGGAUUCCCCAGGCAACGACGAAAAAUCGAAAGAAGAUGAACGGGAUGGAGCAGAUCCCUGAAGGUUGAGAGCGAGCGGAUCCUCGAUAUGACCGGCUGCUGCAGAAUGCGGCCGACUGCAUCGGCGCUCGGCGUCAUCGCCAUUGUCUCCGUCAUGAUCACUGCCACAUCGUCAGAAGCGGGGAACGGCGCCGUGGAGACCAGCAUCAAUCACCCCGUAGUGGACGAGGAGGACCAACGCGUGCGAGGGGACGAGGCGACCGCGAACGGAACGGUGGCCGAUGACCCGGUCACGCUCCACGACCCCACCGACGAGGCUCCAAUUGCCAGCAGCAAACCUACCCAGUCGCCCUUGGAGAAACCCGCGAACGUCUCAUCCGAGGAAAUCAUCGUGGAAUCACUGCAGAGGGAUCAAAGCGACCUGCUGGUGUCCGUCGCGGUGGCGGUGAACGACGAGGUGGACGGCGAUCCGUCAGAGUCGAGGUCGGGGGAGCGUGAGAGUGGUGGGAGGAGCAGGGGCGGGGUGCAGCAAGCGAGCAAGGAUUUCGUCGCGUCGACCCGGCCGAAUCGAGUGGAAGUCGCGUCGAGUGUCGUGGACCAGUUGGACGGCGUCCAGGCGGAGGACGAGGGUUUGUCGAACGUUGUGGAGCGCGGGGAGAGCAACGUGGACAAAUGGCGGAGAGGAGGUGGCUCUUUCACGACCGCGUCCGUCCGCGAGACGAUCUCGACGGAGGUGGCGAGGCCGAUCGAGCGGAAGAACGUGGAGGACAUCAGGGCGAUCUCGUUCCAAGUGCCUGCGGUUGUCGAGGGGGUGGAGGAGGCCGUGGACAGGCAGGGCAACGAGCAGGCGAGGAAGGAUCAUUCGAGGCCGGUGAACAAUCUCCUGUUGGCCGGUGGCAAGUCGACGAAGGCGUUCUACGAGAUAAAACCGUCGAUCAAAACCGAGAUGGAGGGUGAUCAGGUGAGCCCGACGAUCGCCACCCAAAGGCCCCUCCACGGAAGGAAGUUCGUGUUGCCCAGCGUGGACAGCGCGUUCGGCAAAUUUGGCCCCUAUUUCGAGGACGGGGAUCAGGAGAUGAAUAUCACUGCCAGGAUAGGGAGCACCAUGCUGUUGGAUUGCAAGAUCGGCAUGCUCGGUAAUAAGGAGGUGACGUGGGUGCAGCAGCCUAGCAAGGACUUGUUUCGACUGCUCACCGUAGGCAGGAUACCGUACAGCGUGGAUCAGAGGAUCAGCCUCAGCUUUCGGUAUCCAAGCAAUUGGAGAUUACAGAUUCAAUACGCUAACCCGCGGGAUUCCGGUUUAUACAAGUGCCAAGUCUCGACGCAUCCGCCGCUGGUUAAAACGAUCAACGUCAUCGUCACGGCGCCGGAAUUGACAAUAACGGACGAUUCCGGUCGAGCGGUGUCCAAGGAGAGGCAUCUAAAGGCAGGAAGCGCGCUGAAGCUUAGAUGCGAAGCCAGGGACGUGAUCGAGUCCCUGAAGGAAUCCGUCAUUUGGACCAGAGGGGAUGAAACGCUUACAGAGGAUGUUAGUGAAAACAGGACGACGGAGAUUUCGGCUGGCAAGGAGGUCCUCGUGAUCGUCAGCACCCUGAUCGUGGAGAGGGCCAGCCCGAGACACGCCGGAAACUACAGCUGCGUGGUAAGAGGGCCCACGAUUCCGGAAAAGGCUAAGACGACCAUCGCGGUACACGUGCUCAAUGGGGAGUUGCCGGCCGCGGUGCACGACGGCAACGGGGUCUCCAGGGCGUUCCUCAACCUGUGGCUAAUUCACUUAACGAUGAGCUACGUUUUUUCCAGAUGACAAUACUAAGGCCAUCGCAACAGCGCCGAGAAUAUGCGCGAGCAUCAUCAUCCGUUCAUGGACAAUUUCGGUGACUGAUCGAGAUCAUCGUGGUCGAUCAACUUGGAUCGAUUCCCCAUUCUUCAGAAUGAGAAAGAAAUAUAGAAGAAAGAGAGAGAGAGAAAAAUCGUUUUUACCUUUAAUAAUUUAGGAUUCCCUUUUCGAUCGAUCGAAUUUGAUCAAGAGUAGCUCAUCCUCGAGUGAGAGAACUCGGCGAUCGUCUCAUAUUAACGCGAGUUAACGUGAAAAAAAGAAAGGAGCAAAAGCUGGAGACGGAUCGCCGUUUACAAACGUGGGCCAUUUAUUGUAUAUAUAUAUAUAUAAUAAAUUUAACUGGACAGAGUGUUUCUGUACGGACAACGUUUUCGGAUGGAAGGUCUUUUCAAAAUUACUCCUGGUGAUGGCGACGUGAUGAGAAACACCGGAUGAGGGAGGGGCAGGGAAUUGGAAGGAUGUACAACGGUGAUGGAGAGGAGUUGAUACUGUUUGGAAUGUUGAUACUUUGAAAUCGAUAGGGUUUAGCAGAGAUUUAUUGCUCGUUACGGGAGGAUAGAGGAAGACGACGAGGGGUUGGGAACGUUGAUCGAGGUUAUUAUCUCAUUGAAUCGUUAUUUUAAUUAUAUUUCCUCCGGUGAUAAUGAUACCAUUUGAUAAAAUUUUCUCCGAUACGCAUUAAUAAAUUCGAUCAAUUGGAAGAAGAAUGUACAGAAUAUACAAUAUUAUUUACUUUUGAUAUCAAUGAUUGAUAAAAGCAUCGAAUAUGAAAAUAAAAUAAACAAAUGGAAGAAUUGGUAUCGUUAUUCAAAUAAAGAGAUUGCUCGAUAAAUCGUUUAUUCGAUAAAAAAGAUAUAAUGCAAUUUAUAAUUACAUAAUUAUCAAAGGCGUGUAAGGGAACUCUUGGUAUUAUCGUGAUCCAUAUGCGUCAGCAGCCUCGGUUUAACCCAGAUACCACGAAAACGUCACCGACUUUUCGACGGCCGAAAUAGUUGGGAUAGUCGGAGGACCACAGGUAUAAUUAAUUAGCCGUCGAGAUUCUUCUCGAACUAGAUGCUGUCUAGCGUGAAAAAUAAAUUUGGUGACUGCAUCACGAGGUAAAUUUCAUUUUACAUUUAAAUCUUCGUGUUUUAUUACCGUGUGUACAAACAAAUAAUAAUAAUAAUAAUUCCACCCCUUACUUUCCCUUGCCUUCUCCUCUCUUCUUCCUUUCACUCUCAUUUCCCCGUCAUUUUCCCCUCCCCUCGUGUUCUCUUUCCCAUAUUUGAAAAUUCUCUCGAUUCCCCCCCUUUGAAAGUAUUUGAAAUAUCCGGAUGAAUUAUUUUCGUGUACACCACUUGGCGUGCUGCACGUACAUACAAAGAGAGAAGGUUGCAAACGCGCCUUGGGGAAGAGAGAAUGGAUCGCGGCAGGGGGAACUAAGGGAUAAUUGUGUACAACGAAAUUCUCUAGCUGUGAUGCUUGAAAUGACGCCCCUUCCCCAACGUGGGGUGCAUCGGAGAAAAUUUGACAGGAACAAAGAAAAGGGGAUGAUUUUAAAAUUGCGUGGAAAAGAUCGAUGAAUAAUUUUUAUAUCGCUGUUAAAAAAAAACACGUGAAUCUUUUUGAAACUAUGGAGGAAGAAUAUGUUAUUGAAGGAGGAAAUAUAAUUGGAGGGACGAGGAUGGGGAAGAAUAUGGAAGAAAAGGCUUGGCUGCAACGAAACGAAUGUACAUAACUCUCACCAUCGAUUUCAACGUCGUUUUAUUUGUGUACAUCUUUUGUAGAGGCAUCCACGAAAAUCAUGGUUGUAUAUGGAAUAUCGAACGAUGGGGGAGAAGAAAGGGAACUGGUUCGGGUCUCGACAAAUGUAUUAUCGAGCCUUUCCAUUCGUGAUUGAAUGAAUAUCGUUGUUCAAACGACGGUGUCGACGGUGAUAUUCGAUACGUGAUCAAUGUAUAAUGUCAGUGUACUUUAGAUAUCACGAUCCUCGUAAUUUUCCAUGGAACAAUAUUCCUCCGUUUAACCUUGGAGAAUUGUUGCCCGCGAUAUCGCGUAUAAUGCAAUCGUUGGAAGGAAAAUAUCGAGAAUUUUUUAACGUUUGUUCCAUUCGUGGAAUACGAGAGUAGAUCGCGUGCAAUUUAUUGUGCAUCGUGAGAAAAGAGAAUAGUUGGAAUAGAUAUUUCCUUGUAUUCUCUAUUAUAUAACCGUGCUCUUCGAUAUUUCGCAUCGACGUAACGAUCCAAUAUUUUCCUACAUUUCUUGAGUAAAAAUUAAUUUUAUCCUCCAGGAAGAAUGGAGGCGUGAAUUAAGAAAAAGAAAAAAGUCGAUACAAAAGAAUAGAAAAAAGGAACCAGUUCUCUCGUCCUUUCGCCCGUCGAGAACAAAAUUCUCGAUUCCAUCAAUCGGGGAACAAAAUCGUGAUACCGCAACAAACGAUUUAUCCUGCAUCUAUUGCCGACCAUCAUCCUUCUUUUUCACACACUUUGAGCAAAGAGGGAAGAGCAAAGAGGACGUGCGUUGAGAUUACGUGACCGGGAUAUAACCGCGGUUCGAUCUUCCGGUUCUUUCUCGACGGAAUGUGCCGCUGCUGUGUCGAAGGAAACGUAUCCGUCGGAACGAAACUGGAACGACGACAUUGGAGAAUUUUAUCUAUACAUAUUAAAACACGUGCACGAUCUAUACAUAUUAUAAAUAGGCCCGGAUCGAUCGCGAUAAGAUUAUAUUUUUAUAUGUAAAUAUGGCGUUCCUUCUUGUUAUCUUAUUAAAUAUAUCGACGAGGCGGUAGAUAGAAAUACGAACACACUGCGAUCGAAUUAGUUCUGGCCUUUCGAGGAGAUAUGCCGGAAAUGUUAAGAAGAAAAUAAUAAAAAAAAAAAAAAAAGAAGAAGAAAAGAGCGAUCGAUUCUAGCGUGAAAAGGAAAUAUUGUCGAACGAAUUACUACUUAUGAAUAUUUCAUAAGAAUCUGGAAAAAGGGGGGUAGGGAGCACUUGAUUUCGAAUCGUCUCGUUGUUGGACACGAUCGGUAUUAUACUCCUUUCUACCACUUAUUAUAUCAUUUCUCGAGAAACGAAAGAUGGAAAACGAAUAAUCGUCGACGAAUUUGUAUAAUUUCGAUAAAGCGAUAACCGCCGUUAUCUAUUCUUCACUACACUUCGUCGUUUUGUGAAACGUUCCCGAGCGAAUUUAAUUGGCCAGGAGAGAUUUUUAUUAGAAAUACCUCGAACAUAAAGAAUACCUGCGCAGCACACGCUUUGUUCCUUUUCGGCGAAGCCGACAAAAAUGCUUUUGACAAAAUUUAAUCUCGUUACAAAAUUCUCGCCGAUGAUCCAUCAUGAAGAGGGACAGAGAAAGAGAGAGAGGAGAGAGCACAAACUGAGGGAGGGAAAAAAAAAGGAAAUGCAUCGUUGGGGAUAACGAGAUUUCCGUAGAUCCUCUCCCAACACGCGCGAUUAAAUCUUGCUCGAUUUUGGAGGUGACGUUUAUUCGGCUCGCAUGGUAAAUUCGUACGGCAUUUUUCACGCACGAGGAUCAUCCAUCUCGCGCGCGUUAUUCAAGUAAAAGUGCUUGUGACCAGCAUAUCGUUCCACAUAUUGUAUGGAAAGGCAUCGCAAAAUAGUUUGAAAAAUUUAUAUUUAUACAAACAGUGUCCCAAAAUUAACGCAAGAUUUGAAUUUGCCGCCAUUUUUGCAUCAAGUUGUUGGCAAGCUUGAAAAAAGAACAGUUUUGACAGCUGAGAGUUUAGAGUUAGUAAAAAUGGAGCGUUGUACGAUACAACAACGUGGAAUGGAUUAUUAAUCAUGAGAAAGUGGAUGCUGGUUUUUCCAGCAAAAUUAUCCUAAGCGAUGAAGCAAAUUUUCACUUCAAUAGCUUUGUUAAUCGCCAAAAUUUCCGUGUUUGAGAUUCAAAGAAGACACGUGCGAUUAGCGAAAAACAAAUGCACUCAUAACGUGUCAUUAUUUGAUGCGGAUUUUGGGCAGGAAGCAUCAUAGGACCGUACUUUUUUGAGAACGAGGCUGAUCAAAAAGGAACUGUUAAUGGUGCUUGAUAUCGCGACACGAUAACACAAUUCUUUCUGCCGAAAUUUUAUGAUAUUGAUGUAGCCGAUAGUUUCAACAAGACGAUGAAACAAUUGAAUUAUUGCAUGAGACAUUUCCUGGUCGGUGAUCAGAAUUGGCCCCUUAGAUCACGUGAUUCAACACCAUUAGAUUUCUUCUUAUUCGAAGUCAAAAAUCUAUGUCAACAAUCCCACAACCACUACAAGAGGAAAUUAAAAGCUGCAUCAACGAAAUUCAGCCACAAUUAUACAGAAAGGUGAUGAAAAAUUUGGACGAAAGGUGCCAUUUGCACGAUGUAUUAUUCCAUAAAUAACCCUAUCCUAUAUGAUUCACUUAAAAAAUAAAUAAAACUAAAAACUCUCUUUUAUA